AUGUUUGUCAAUCUAGACUCGACAGCAGACGCGACGGCGGCCCAGACGCACGAGUUUUCGAACCAGGAGAACUCUCCACCGACCGCCUCUCUUCUUUCGCGAUCUGCUGCUGUGAUUUUUCCGUUGGGCUUUGUGUCGUCUACCAAGAACCGCUGGAAUUCUGGAGUUCCGCAGCCAGUGAUGAUCCAAACAUCGACCACUACGUCGCCGCUUACAACACCUCGUUUAUCGAUUGAUGAAGACUAUGUUCCAGCAGAUCCCACUAACAUUGGUCUGCAUAGUCGAGCGCGGGAGGCUUCAGCUAUAGAUACGAAAAAGCAGCUGCAGCACCGGACAAAGUCGUCCUUUAGCUUCGCGCAUCCACCACCUAGCACCCGUCGCAAACGUCUAGGACUCCGGCCCAAAUUGCUACUUCAGCUGCACAGAGUAUCGCACAUAUCCCGACCUAUACCUACUAUUGAUGUUCUAUCAUCUACCAUUUGUUCCGGACCUAGAAAAUUCCCAUGCAGAUAUAGGGGAAAGGACAGCCCGUCUGCGAACGACCUCCUACUCGUAACCAGCGACGCUUAUGAGCAGGCUGGUGCUGAGGAUGAUAGGAGUGUUUCCUCCGAUGACGAUCCGCAGAAUGACAGAGACGUGGUUGCGACAGUAUGUCACCAUCGCAAAGACAGUGGGAAAGCGGGCGCGAUGGCAGAAAUAUCUCUACAGCAGGGGAGCCGUUGGGAGGUUUCCCAUCUUCCCUCUGGCGGUUAUGAGUUUACAGGGACUACGGAGAGUGGAGAGCAAAGAUGUGCCCGUUGGGUAUUACGGGGAAAGGCGGGAAGUCGUCGGGUUUCUGGAUCCAGCAAUGGUGCGGACAACACUUUCGACGAUGGCAAGCGGUUUACAUUCAGUAUAAUCGACCCCAACACCCGUCGACACCCAGUUUUAGCGUGGAUGUCCCGCCAGGGAAUUGAUAUUCUUGAUAAAUACCCUCUCUUUUCCGCUCAAACUCAAAGGUCAUCGUCCCCAGCCUCUCCCAAAGGCCCACACUUAGCCGCCGCAACCACUCCACCGCAGACCAACGAUUAUAGUGAUCCGCCUUUAAUUGAAACCGAUGAUCACCUCCGUACGCUCAUUGUCGUCAGUGGAGUUUGGGUUGCAUUCCGAGAAGGGUGGCCUCAGACUCCCCUUUACGCAGACGUACUCCCUACAACACCGACGACUGCCGGUCCUAGAACUUCUAUUUCUUCCUCUUCACAACAACAGCAGCAGCAACAACAACAACAACAACGGUCACAAUUAGCACAAAAUUCGAGAAACGAUACAGAGAAAGUAGGUACAGUAGAUGACAGCACGAGGAGUAAAAGCUUCCCGUUCACCGGGGGCCGACUACUACUGGGAGGCCCAGGUCUGAUCCACCGCGCAAAGACAUUAAACGAAAAUUCAAAGAAAUCCGCCUCUCCCCGACGAACAGUACCUCAGAGGAAGGAAAAUAGACUAGUCGAUGACGUGAAAGAUGUCCCCAGCCAUGAUACGCAAAGCCCCUUGCAUGCCGAAAGCUUGACAAUUGCCAAGCAAACGCAAAAGAGGCGGGGGUCCAGGCGCAGAUCCAGAGGUGACCGUGGACAAUAUCUAAGCCCAGAAAAUAGCCUUCCGCCUCCUCGGUACUCCUAUGGGGAAGAUAGCCAGAACGAUGCUUUGUCGAGUGCAGCCACUGUUUACAUCGGGCAGGGUAAACCGGAGCAGCAGUCAAAAGGCAAGCGGUGGCGUAGAUUAAGCAAUUUGCUUGGUAUGAAGGGACCGGCGGCGACUUGA